UCAGGACUUCUUACCCUUGGUACUUAGCCUCUCCAAGCUGGAUGGAGGGAUCUUUCAUUUCAGUUGGUGGUUGAUAGACAGAAAGAUAGUGAAAAAGCGCCCACUGACACUGACGGACGGACGGACGGACGGACAACCACGCGAGUCCUGAACGCGAUUCCCGUCCACUGCUAUCCCAUCAACAUCGGUACAUUGGAUAUCCAUGGCAGGGAGCGGAUCAGUUCUCUCGAAAAAAUUGAAGCAUCCGAGGCAAAGCUGAAAGCGGCAGUCGAGAGUGCCAGAGCCCGGGGUGAUCUUCCAUCCAGCCCUCCAACCCGCUCGGGCACCUACCUCCUUUGCCCUCCAGUCCAACAUCUUAUGUGCCGGAUCGAGCUCGAGCGAGUGGUUGGUUAGUGUCUGGAGCGCUCGCUCCUUAGCCAUUUCCAACACCAUUUCAUGAGCUCCGCCUGGUAGAGGAUAGGCGUCUUGGCCCAGCACCUUGGCACCAACUCGGUCCCGGUGGUGAUUGGCCCUGUGCUCGCCUUCGCCUUCCUUGUCAUCCGACUCAGUGGGGAUCGUCGUUCUUGGGCAGAGGCAGCCUCGUCAGUCGUCUCAGGUGCUCGCCCGUAAAGAAACCUAAGAGGAGAUCGAUCCGGAGAAUAUUUCUGCCACCACCAUCUCAUUCCAAAUACUGUUAUGAAGCUGUGGCUGUUUUGAUUCUGUUGAACACAUCUUUCCGAUCAGUGAUUCGACCCUCGGUGAAGUUUCUGUGAGUGAUAUUAAGGUGUUUCUUGUGCCGGAAUCCUCUCCCGGGAGACUUAAUGAGGGCCACAGAGUGAAGAAGAAACUUGUUCCCUCCAACAGAAAAACCAUGGGGACUACGAAAUCUUGGCGUUCUCCCGGCUCUCAGCCAGCCCUUUUCACAUACCACCAAGCUCUUUAUAUCUUCAUUAUAUCCGGUCUGAUCAGCUCAGCUUUAGGCCAGAUUCAACGAUCAUCAUCAUCUCCCGCGGGAGAAAGUCUGACCACAACCGGCCUGGCCGCCAUCCUCUCAUCCCCGGACGCCGGCGGCAUUGGCCUAAGUGCAGCCGAUAGCAUUGGUAGUGGUUCGACCACCACCACGACCACUGGCAUUGGUGAAGCUCAAACCAUCAUCGACGUACAAGAAGGGGACAGAGUCAAAUUGGAAUGCCGAUUCUCGGCCGAGUUGGCGCAAAAAGCGUCCACCCUCUACUGGAUCCGUACCAAUCGAAACGGGCAUGAUAAUGUGGCCAUCGGGGAAACGCCAUAUCAGGCCAAGUACAGCGUGGACUACCGCCCCACCGAAGGUGUUUAUGAUCUCACCAUCCAGGAUGCCACCUACGACCGUGACAAUGGCCAAUUCAAAUGCCAAAUGAAGGAAGGAGGUUCGGGUCUGGAGCUCCAUUCGGUGACCAUUGGCCUCACCGUCCUCCUGGAACCGACUCCGCCCUCUUUGGAUCCAGCCACACCCACGGCUACCGAGGGCAGACUCCUGAACCUGACCUGCUCGUCGCUCGGCGGUUCUCCUCCGCCGCAGAUCCAUUGGUACAAUGAGGCCAACUCCAAGAUUUUGGACGCUACACUCGUCCAGGGACGCACCAAGGAUGAUCCCACCCAGUCCAUCCUAUCCAUCAUGCCCACAAAGGAAGACGAUGGCACCUCAUUUCGAUGCACCGUGUGGAAUCGCGCUUUGGGUGAAGGCAACAAGAUGGAGAGCAAGACGGCCAUUUUUGUCAAUUACUUCCCGCGGGUCACGGUGGGCCCCGAAAAUCCUCUGAAAGUGGAAAAAGAUGACACGGCCCAACUGGAAUGUGCUGUGGACUCCAAGCCCUCGGUCUCCACUGUCAAGUGGACGCGGAAUGGUCGCUACAUCGACACCCACUUCAAGCACACCAUCCCCAGGGUGACACUCAAAGACAGCGGGAGUUACAUCUGUUCGGCGGAUAACGGCCUGGGCCAAGCUGGAAAAGCCGAAUUGCAAUUAGACGUGCUUCAUGCCCCCAUUGUCACGUUGCCGGGUCGACGGGAGGCCAAAGAGGGCGAGGACCUGACCAUCGAAUGUGAAAUUGUGGCCAACCCCCGACCGGCAUCCAUCCAAUGGUUCAAGGAGGGCGACGAGUCGUUCCACCAGAAUGGACCUAGCCUUCGAUUAAACGGCAUCAAUGCUCAGCAUAACGGAAAGUACGUUUGCUCGGCCACCAACUACAUUCAACCCACGGGAAAGGACAAGUCCAUGCGCGUGGGCAAUGCCACCAUCGAGAUCAAUGUUCGUCACCAACCUGGCGAAGCCUUCAUCACCCCUGAGAAGCCCGUGGCCGUGGAUGGGAAAUCGGUGACCCUAAAAUGCGGGGCCAACCCUCCAGGAUACCCUGAGCCCUCCUACCGAUGGUGGAAGGAAGGCACUGAUGGGAAGACCCAAUCAUUGGGCGAGGAAAUCGUGAUUGACCCCGUGCAUCUCAACACUGCUGGGAGAUAUUUCUGCCAACCCACUAAUGAACUUGGCGAUGGAUCUGUGGACGGGGUCUUGCUCGAGGUUCACCAAGCACCCAAAAUGAUCACUCAACUUCAACCCACUAUCAUGAAACGCGCUGGAGAUACGGGAUUCCAUAUCACCUGCAGCGCUGUCGGCAAACCCAAACCUGUGGUCCGAUGGUUCAAGGAUGGCGACGAGAUCCACGACUUCGAGACCAACAUGUUCCAAAUGUCCACAUCCGAGCAAGAGGCCAUGCCCAAUAUGGCCUAUAAUGUCCUGUCCACCUUGAAAUACAUCGGGCCCGAGCGAAUUAGCAACAACCAGUUGAUGCCCACGGACCGAGGCCAUUACACUUGCCAAUUCUCGAACAGUGUGGGACAAACCGAGACGAGCAUGCUCUUGCGGAUUGAGCACUCCCCGGUGGUGGUGCAUCAACAUAAUAAGGUGGCCUUUGAUCACGGAGAGACGGCCUUUAUCACUUGUCGAAUGCAAGCCUAUCCUGCCCCGCGGUUUGAUUGGUCCUUUGGUAAUAACAUUCUCUCAGAUCAAAGGAUGUACGAGACCAAUUUGACCGCUCUAGAAGACGAUAUCUACGAGAGCACUUUGACCAUCUUCAAAGUGACGGACAACAGCUACGGCGAUUACAUUUGCAAGGGCAUGAACAGCAUGGGGGCCAAGCGAACCAUCAUCAAACUUCAGGCUAAAGGCAAACCCGAUCGGCCCAUCAACGUGCGACCCUUGUACACUAACUACGACAUGAUCACCUUAACUUGGGAUGAAGGCUUUGAUGGCGGAUACAACAAUACCAUGUUCACGGUGCAAUACCGGAAAGAAGGCGAGAGUGCUCCAAGAUACAAGGACUGCCGAUAUCUAAACCCGUGUAACUUGACCACUUUGGAGCAACACACACAAUACCAUGUUCGAGUCAAGGCCAAUAAUAUUCGUGGAGAAAGCAAAUUCUCCCGAGAAGUGACCAUGGCCACGAAAGUGGAUGUUACCCUAAUUCCCACUCCAAGUCAAGUCCAUUAUGCCAAGACUAGUAAAACGGCCUCGUUCCAAGUGGUUGAAGAGUUCUUUCCCUUAGUAGCCAAAAUCGAAUUGGAGAAUGAAGAUGGAAGCUGGACCCACUAUGAUGAGAUCGCUUUGGAGGGAACGGUGGGAGAAAUGGCGAUUGAAUCGAAAACCGUAAACAAUCUCCGGGUUCGCCUAUGUCUGGAGACCAACGCCGUACUUUGUGGUGCUUAUGCUGAUGCUCAAAUUGUGGAAGUGAGUCCAUCUCUCUCAUCUGGAUCCACUCCUAGUUGGUUGAUUGCCCUCAUCAUCAUUCUCAUUGUCCUGGCCGUCAUGAUCAUGAUUUUGGUGGUCAAAUGUUGCUGUUGUAACACGGAUACCAAGGCCAAGGCCAAAGAGCGACCCAAUAUUGUGCAUGCGACUCAACCUCCGCCUUACAGCUCGUACGGGUUAGAGAACAAGGGUGUAGACACGGUCAAGGAUACCACGGAUGGGCCUUUGAAGAACAAUAUAUAUUCGGUACAAAAUGGCGGACUCGAUUAUACCAACGCAUCUCCACAAGUGUAUUCUCAAGAUCAGAGCAAUUCGAAUUCGGCCAAUGGUGGUUCUGUCAACUCUCAAGAUUCGUUGUGGAACGUGAAGCAUGGAGCAUUGGACCCUUACCACCCGAACAACUAUAAUAACAUCAACCAUGCUGACUUUGUAUACGACCCAGCCCUUCAGAGUCAACUUCAACAGCACCAACAACAACAACAACAACAACAACAACAACAGCACCAACAGCAACAUCCCCAUGCACAAGCUCAUGGCUUCCAAGGCCAUGACGAUUAUGCUCACUAUCCUUACCCGGAUGAGUAUUUGAACGAGAGGAAUCAGCAAUAUCUAAUGGAACAACAGCAAUAUGGUCAUAUGGACAGCCGACAAAUGCAGCAACCACAAAUGGAUGGGGAAUAUUCGCCCUAUGGAGAUGUCAGCGGGUUGCCAGACCCAUAUAUUCAACAACAGUCCUAUAACAUUCAACAGCAGCAACACCAUCAUCAUCAGCAACAACAGCAGCAACAACAGCAACAACAACAACACAUGGGUCAUCACCAUCCCCAACACGACAUGCCACAAAAUUUUGAUGAUUCUCAAGACGAAGCGGAAUUCAAUGGGGGACGAGGUCGCCGAGUCAUUCGUGAGAUCAUUGUCUAAACGUAUGUGCCAGAUAUUAAUUAGAUCAUCAACAUCAUCAUCAUCAUUAUCAUCUUCAACAACAACAACAACUUAGAACACCCUCGGUCUCUGGUUGCCCGAGACCAAGGCCUUUGUCAUAUUCUGUGAUCCCCUCGAAUGUCGAGGACUUCAACUUUGAUUGGCACCUCUCCUCACACGCGAUUCAUCCAGAACCAGAAACCCUUCCGUCAAAGUUGAACUUCUUGAAUGGCCAUACAACUUGCUACUGUUGCUGUUGCUACAACGCCCACCGUGAAACAUGAAAUCAAGCGACGCCAUAGUCGUUUUUAUUUGCCGUCUCAUUGCUCACUAUUGUUCCGCUUGGUCCCUGACUAAAAACCAAGGCUUGUCUCGUUAUUAGUCGAAGGCGGGUUUCAGCAUUCUAGGCAUGUGCUGAGCUGCCCAAGCUCUUAAUCAACUGUUUUGUAUUGUAGCAAUUGAUUGUUCAAUUGUCAGGAUCUCACUCUCUGUAAUUCCACAAGAUCAAACACCCAAUUCUUCCAGGAGAAACUAUAAACUCUAUUUUUUGUGCUGCUUAAAAUUGUACACCUCUUCUCCUAUUCGAAAGAUAUAAAUUCAAUAAAGUUGUGAAAUGAA